CAACUAGCAGUCGUUGCAAGUUGUCACUUAAAGACAAAUGAAAAUAAUUCAAAGAAUAUAUAAAUGCAUUCCAAAUAUCUCUUAAUAGUAUUGUGUAUAUUUCCCAAUUCUUUAUAUGCGGCACAUAUACUUUCUUUAUUUGGAGUGCCCAUGCGUUCGCAAUACGACUUUAUAGAGCCGUUACUAAGAGAAUUGGCGGGACGGGGCCAUCAAAUAACAUCAAUAACAAAUUUUCCACAAAAGGAAGCAAUACCCAAUUUUCGUGAUGUUGUGGUAGAAAAAAAUAAACAUUUAUUUUUUGGCUAUCAUAAUUUUACCUUAGACAAUCUGGAAGCAAAUUACUAUGAAUUGGUGGAUGAAAUUUAUAGUCAAGCCAUUCAAAUGUGUAUAAAUAUACAGAAUGAUACAGCCGUUCGUCAAAUAUUUGAUAAUGAGAAAAUUGAUUUGAUUAUAUUGGAUGUAUUUUUUGCUGAAUCAUUUUUUGGUUUGUCCGAGUAUUUGAAGGCACCAAUUGUAGGAGUAUCUACUAUGGGUACCAUAAGUCCCAUUGAUGAGUUAGUGGGCAAUGUAAGUCCCAUGUCGUAUAUACCUCAUUUGUAUUUACCUCUACGGCAAAUGAAUUUUUGGCAAAGAUUUUUAAAUGUAUUAUUAGAAUUUUUGGAGUGGGCUCACUUUUACCGCAAAUACAUGGUUCUACAAAAACAAAUCUACAAAUUUUAUUAUCCUAAUGCUCAAUUAACAUUUGAAGAAGCUCACAGGAAUUUCUCUUUAGUUUUAUUAAAUGAUCACUUUUCUUUAACGACUCCAAGACCUUAUGUACCCAAUAUGAUUGAAGUGGCUGGCUUAAAUAUUGUAACAAAUCCAGAGCCUCUGAAGCCUAAUAUCAAAUAUAUCCUCGACAAUGCCCGGGAAGGAGUCAUACUAAUAACUCUUGACACUCUUAUGAAUCCUUAUACUUUAGACAUAUUUUGCCAACAAUUUAAAACCCUGCCUUAUACAAUAUUGUGGAAAACUUCCCAGAAAAUCCCUUACACACUUCCAAAUGUACACAUAGAUGCCAAUUUUGUUGUAGCUUCCAUUCUACCACAUCCUAAUUUAAAACUAUACAUAACACAUGGAGGUUUUCUUAGCAUUAUAGAAAGUAUUUACCAUGGUUUACCAAUUUUGGGUGUAUCCUCUAUCGAAAAGCAAGAUAACUUUGUGGACUACAUACAUAAGAUUUCGUGAUCAACAAAACACACCCAUGGAACGCGCUAUCUAUUGGAUUGAAUAUGUUCUACGUCAUAAAGGUGCCCGACAUUUACGCAACAUGGGACAUAAUUUGUCAUGGUGGCAAUUUUACAGUAUAGAUGUUAUGUU